ACCGGUAAAAGCUAUGUAGGAUCUAGUGCUAAUUUAAGUAAAAGAUUUUACCAAUAUUACAAUUAUAACCACAUAGCCGAUACUAAACGUAAUAUGCGUAUAGAUAGAGCUCUUUUAAAAUAUGGAUAUUCCAAAUUUAAACUUGAAAUACUAGAAUAUUGUGAAAUAUCUAAUUUGAUUGAAAGAGAACAAUACUACUUAGAUCUUUUAAAACCUGAAUAUAAUAUUUUAAUCAGAGCGGGGUCAAGCUUAGGACUUAAACAUUCAGAAAAAACUAAAUUACGUAUGAAAACUAAAACUCCAGAACAUUUAAUAAAAAUCAAAAAUAAUAUAGCAAAAUUGAAUGCUUCACCUUUUCCUGCGGAUGUUAGAGGUAAAAUUACCGCAGGUAUGAUUAAAUUUAAUGUUUUAACUAAAAGUAAAAAAGUUGUAUUUACUAAUAUAGAAACAAAUGAAAAAUUAGUUUUUAAUUCAUUUAGAGAUGCAUCUCUAAAUAUGAAGAUAUCUAGAAAUACAAUUAAUAAAUACCUAGUUAGUAAGGAGAUAUAUGGUAAGUACAAAAUAACUUUAACAUAG